AUGGAAGAUUCAACAGCAAAAGAACUUGUUGAAGAGAGUGAAGAGCUUCCUUCUGAAAACAGCAAAAAAUCCAAUCUUUCUUCUACCUCCAUUGAUGGAUCUGAAGCUGUCCUUCAUCAUCCGAGUCGUCCUGACUUAAAGGCUCUAUCUUUCAGUGUUUCCUUCCAUGAUUGUACAUUGUCGAACAAAAAUUUCCAGUCUUGGACAAAAAAAAUGGAAGCUUUACACAAACCCAUUUGGAGAAAAGCUGGGGUUUUUGAAGCUGUUAUGGCGUCUACAUACAAAAUCGAAACAAACAAAGAUCUUGUGCUUGGUGUUGCCGAGAGAUGGUCUCCUGAUACAAAAAGUUUCGUUUUUCCUUGGGGUGAAACAAGCAUAACACUUGAAGAUGUUAUGGUGCUUUUAGGUUUCUCUGUUUUGGGUUUACCUGUUUUCACUGCUUUAGAUAGCUCAGGAGAAAAGAUUAAGUCGGAACUGGUUAAAGAAUGGGUUAAGAUUAAGGAAGAUGAGAAAAGUUUCGUUACUCAAUCAGCAUGGAUGAGCCGAUUCAUGGAUAGUAAAGAUGAGCUUGAGCAUGUUGCUUUCCUUGCGUAUUGGCUUAGCUGUUUCGUGUUUCCAUUGGGUUAUGGCCAUAUCAAUGAGGCUGUUUUGCCGAUUGCUGUUCAUCUUUCAUGUGGUACAAAGAUUGCUCUGGCUCCAUCUGUUCUUGCUCACUUGUAUGCAGACCUAAGUCUCUUGAAAACCCACAUUCAAGCUUUCGACGAAUCAACGGUUACUGUCAAAACUGAUUUCACUGCUUUGUUUAAGCUCGUUCAAGUUUGGACAUGGGAGAGAUUCAGGGAACUACAGCCAGAGCCUAAUGAGUUGGUAAAAGAUGAGCCAAGAUUGGCUCUUUGGCAUGAGAAACAGAGAAAGAUCGAUGAGGUGAGGCGGAUUCUAGACAACUCUAAGGUAGACAGUUUUGAGUGGCGUCCCUUCACAAAACCUGUGAAAAAUUGGGAGUUUCCUCUCUUUUACCCCGAGAAGGAGAUGUUGGUUCCUGUUGGUCCUAAUCUUGAUGAUGAAUUGAUCUCUUUUGCUCGGUUCAUCAAGGUGUCUCAGCUUGUUGGUAUUGACUAUGUGGAGCAUUACUGUCCGGAUCGUGUCGCUUUACAGUUGGGAAUGUUCCAGGAUGUUCCUUGUCUUGUUAACAAGAAUAACCUCUCAAAGGAGGAAGCUUGGGAUCAAUACAACAAGCCUAUUGAUGCUUCGAGAUUACACAUUCCUUCUCGUUAUGAAGUACCUUGUGUUAGUCCAGUGUUCUGCGAGUGGUGGAAGAAGACAUUUCAAGAGAUUCUUGCUGGUGGUAAUACGAUUAUGAGUAGUUCGUCCGACGAUGAUGUUGGUGCUGGGGGUAGUAGUAGUGGUUCAAAGAAAAAGAAAGGGUCCAGCAAAAAGACUAUAGGCAAAGUGAGAUUAACUCCCACAGAUCCUGGUUGGCCGAAGGAUGUUCCGGAUACUUAUGAAACAUGUGAGUUAGACUGGAGUCAAUCAAAUGAUGUCCUCAGAGAAGAAGUGACUCACCAAGGAGAAUACGAGCUUUGUUGGGCAGUGGCCUUAAGGGAGAGCAUCGAGGCUGCUCUAAAUAUAAAUGCUAAGAAGGAGAGGAAGAAUAGGCAUCCGAAACUCUCGGCACAACAUCUCAUCAAUAAUGUCAACAAGCUUCAAUCCGGCGCGAUGAGAAGAUACGAAGGAGUGACAAAUUUUCUUGUCAACCAAGGUCUUGUUACCGAAGACAAGUGUGAGUACGAAGGCACCAUUCUGAAAAAUGGGUGUAAUCACGCAACAGAAGACACACAAGCAGCAACGAAAAUCAAAGAUCUUAAACGUGUCAAGAGAAAAGACAUCAACGAGAAGGAUCUCAUCAAGCUAGUAACUCAAAGACCUGUUGUCGUUGAGAUGAGAGCUUUCAAAAGCUUAUUAGAUUUCAAAGGGGAGGGUUUUUACCCAGGGGGUACUCGCAAUGAGGAAGAGAAGUGGAACCGGGUUGACCUUGCUAGGAAGAACAAGGUAAAGAGCAAUGAAGAAAAACUGACCCUUCAUGCGCUUUUGCUGAUCGGCUAUGGAACGAUUAAUGGUGUGCAUUAUUGGCUAGUCAAGAACUCGUAUGGGACAACUUGGGGCAAUGGAGGUUAUGGGAAAAUUAUAAGGCAGUGCAGCUCUGGGAGUGACAAGUCUUUAUUUGUCAAGAUAAGAUACCCAGAGGUUUGA